AUGGCAGGAUUCUAUGAGAGAAUGAAAGAGGCAUGGAACAAGAUUAAGGAUACACUGAGGCCGGGAAGGAAGGUGGAGUUAGAGCCUUAUGAAAAGUUAUGCUCGAGGUUUGAAAGCUCAAAGCCUAUAUCAAUAUCCGAACUUGAUGAUAUCAAGGAGCUAUGCAAGGCAAUAGUAGAGCCACGGUGUGAGAAGAGAAUAGACGAUGGAUUUGAAAUGCUGAAGAAGAUGGGAGCUGAGAAGGCUGAAAGAGGCAUUGGAGCAAAGCGGAAGAGGAAUGAAUGUGUAGGAGAUGCAAAAGGUGAAAGAAAGACAAAGAAGCACAGGAAAAGGGGAUACCAAAAGAAAUAUGCCCUAAAGAAGGAGAAUGAUGUUAGUUGGGGAAUUCUUCCAAAGAAAUAUAGAGUGGAAGGCAAGACGCCUAUGGAAACGAUUGAAAAAGCCAUUUGUUAUGAUGAAGAAGACAAUCUCUUUCUUCAUCUGGGAGAAGUAUCUACUGAUGAAGAGGAGGAGUAUUUCUGUGAAAAAAAUGUAAAGAAGCUGAAUUCUGAAAAGGUGGAUGGGAAAGUCCAAUGCAAUUUUGGAGGAGACUACAAUUGCAAAAGAUGUGUGGAAUAUGAAAUAAGAAAAGAAUAUGAAGCCAAAGAGAAAGAGAGAAGAAGAGAAGAAAGGGAAAGGACUGAGAAACGAAGGAAGAUGGCCAGGGAAAGAUGGGAGUCCAGGGUUCCAAGGUCUUACUUCUAUCUUGAGAAGGAUCUUGGGGUUGAUAGAAUGAUGGCAAGGUAUGUCACGGAUGACAAGUUUGACAUUGAUGACCUUGAGGAAGGGGAGAGGAAGAAGCUUACAAAUGUUCUUAGUCAGGCAAAGAAGGAGCGAUUGUUUGAUAUAGAAACACUCGGAAACAAAAGCACCAGCUUUGACAAGAAUGAGGAUGAAGUAUCUAAGGCACGAAUUGCCGAAGCUAGCGAGAAGAAUGAUGGUAAGAAUGCGAUACCUGAAGUUAGUUGGAGUCCAAAUACAAAAGGGAAUGGCAUAGAUGUAGCUCCAAAAGCCAACGGUGUAUCUAAUUCGUCUGUAGCUCCAUCUCAUCCUAUAUUGGACCCUGUGUCUGAGGAUAAAGAAAACGGUUCUGAUACAGGGCAAGGUGAAAUUGAUCUAGAUACCAAAAAGGAUGAAAGUACUGUACCACCAAGGAAACCAUUUGUGUUUGGGGGGACCCUUAGUGAGACUGUUAGAGAUGAAGAAAAAGAAAGCCUCUCCGAAGAUAAGAAGAACGAAGAACCGAAAAAAUUUGGAUUUUGGGAUGGAAGGACACCUAGUUUGGAAGGAAAUGCACCAGCAUUUCAGUUCAAUUCUAGUAUUUCAAACCUACCCACUCAAGGCUCUCCCUCCACUGUAAAUCAUGAGAGCAUUACCAGUCCAUUCGCCUCAGAUGUCAAGGCACCUGAAACCAAACCAUUUGUGUUUGGUGGGGGCUCAACUCUUCAGCCCUGUCUUGGUAACACUCAAGGAUCUACAGAGCUUCACUCUCCAAGUCCUGGAUCUUCAUUAUUUAAGAGGAAGUUGAAUGGAAGUGGGGAGGUUAGCCAGAAACCCGAGACCGCCUUUCCCUUUGGACAAGAAGGAAAUGUUUUUCUUCAAAAUAAUAACGGCACAAGUUCUAACAUCCAGAGUUUCUCAUCUAUUGGUAGUGUAGGCCAAGGGCAUCUAGAUGUAUCCCAACAAACCGAUACCGCAAGGCCGAUAAGCAAUAUGUUUGGAAAUGGGAAAAGCUUGUUUGGGGGACUUUUCGAGGGUACUGAGCCUUCGCAACAACCAGCCAAACCAAGCAUAGGAUAUGCUGAUUCAAAUGAGAGAAAUGAAAGUGGUGUUGCAGGGCUUUUUGGAAGUGGUGGAAUUUUCAAUGCGGCUGAUGAUGAUCCUUUUGAGAGAAACAAGUUUGGUGGAAGGAGAUGA